GUGGUGUAUGGAAGCCAAAAAUAUUUUGCCAGUGCUAACAAAAUAUCAUUACUUAUAGCGCCACCUAGGGCGAAUAACUUGUAGCGCAUUUUUCAUGUUUAGGCAACACUGCUAAAGUGACAAUUUAUUUGAAAGAAAAAAGUUAUUAAACCCGGACGCUAGUAAUGGAAGAUGAUUUUCAAAUCGAAUAUAUGUCAUUGCCACUUGAAGAUCUCCAGGAUUACUAUGGGAAAUUGUUUGAGCGUUAUCGACAAUUGCGUGAUGGUACAGAGGCGGACCAUCAGCGUAUCCACGAGUUGAAACGUAAUUUGGAAACUGCUUAUGCCGCCGAAAAGUACCUCUCGCAGGAAAUUGAGGAGCUCAUGCAAACGAUUGCCUCUAUGGAAAGGGAUAAUAAGGUACAAGCAAAAGUUCAUUCAGAGGUGGAAGAUUUACGUCGACAACAUCACACUUUAACCACGGACUACACCACGUUGCAGCAGGACUACGCGACGUUGAGUGCGGAGAAUGUCGAAAUACGUAAACAGUUGGAAACGGUGAAAUCAACAAGAAGAUUAACUAAAUCAUCGAUAGUUAAUGCUGGAACAGACGAGCUCUUCAAUCGUAUAGCAACGUUGGAAGGAGAAAACUUUUCUUUGGUGCAAAAGUUGGAGGAAUUUCAGGAGAGUAUGGUGCGACAAACAUUGGCAUUAGCAGAAAGAGAGAGAAAUAUUGAAGUUUUACGUGAACAAGUGACAUAUCUGGAGGAAAAUUUGCGUUCAAAGCUUGAAGAUUUAGAUGAAAAGUCAAAUUUGCUUGAUUGUACACAGGAAUAUUUAGAAGAAGCUAACGCAAGACUUGCCUUGAUGGAAACAAAGCCAGAAGGUGUUGAUCGCAAAGGCAAAUCGCUUUUCGCGGAAGUUAACUAUCAACGAAGGACAAUGAAAAAACUUCUAGCUGCACAAAAGAAAAGUUACAUUGAUAUGAAAAAAUUGUGCAAUGGCAGUCAGUCAGAAAUAAAACGAUUGAAGCGUGAGAAUAUUGCAUUGCAUAAAGAGCUUAAGCAGUGUACUUCACUUUUGUGUUCAGCGGACCGUUCUUAUCAGGCGGACAAACUAAACGAACGCAUACGACAACUACUCCGUCAAGUGGAAAGCUUAGAGAAGCAAUUAGAAGUUUCUCAGAGGCGUCUAAGUUACAUGGACAACUAUAAGGAUGUUGGGUGGCUUGAUUCAAUCUUGAGUUUCUGCAAAAAUGAAACUGAUGAACUCAAAAGUGUGCAAAUACCAAGACCAGUGUGGAAGAGCAGUUACGCAACGUUCAAAAGGAGAAAACAAGAUAGCGCUCCGAAGCAUAAUAAAUGCGUUGCGUACUGUUCAAUAGAGAGGAUCUCUUGACGAGGGAAGCGAGUUGGGUUAAAACUAUUCGUGAACAGAAAAAACUAAAGACGGCACGAUCUCGUAUACUGUAUGCAUCACCUAGAAGUCCAUAGCAUCGUCCAAGGAUAAAAAGCCGGAACUACUUAGCAUUCCAUUAGGACUUAUUCUGAAUGAGCACACAGAGAAAUCAACUAUUUCAGUGAAGGAAGAACAUAGUUCUGAUUGUAAUAUAUGCGAAUGAACUCGAGAUAGCACCACCAAAGAAUUCCAAAGGAAAGGUGUCAAAGAAAAGUGAUGCAUUCACCACUGAACACCAGUUACCAGAAGGUGAGAUUGUGAUGAACAUCAGUGCGAAUAUCUGUAUUGGUUUAGUGUGUACUAAUGAAUGUAUCAUGAGGCAAACCCAAAGCCUUUAUUAGAGAGCUGCCAGAGAAGCUCAAUGUUAUUUUCGUCAUUUUGUGGCGCAAUGGCCAAACGUAAACCAACUUACACAAUUCAUGUUUUGUUCUUGAGCAAUUGAUAAUAACGCGUGCAAUAAAUCGGAAAUGGUGUAUUUGUAUCGAGACACAUCUUGUGUUUUAAAGUUUUUGAAUGAUUUUUAUGGACUUUUAAUGAUCAUUGAGUGCAAGUGACAGGCUUAUUGACAUAAGGCUUUUAGGACUUGACACAUCUUUUCAAGAGGAAUAUUCUGCGCUCUUGUUGUUGUUGUAGCGAUUAUCUCUCCCUGCCGGAACGGAAAGCAUAAGUCUAGUUAUCCCCGGGGUCAUCUAGCGGGAGGACCAGGAAACAUGCUGUUUCGACAGGGUCGGACCAAAGGGAAAGGGGUGUUAGAUGAGUAGGGUUCGUUGAGCAUGCAAAAAAGGUGAUUAGUGUCAUGCGGGGACUCGUUGCAUGCAGGGCAUGUAUUUUGUAUGUCGGGGUUCAGUCUGGAUAAGUAGGAGUUUAACCUGCUAGCCUUUUAAAUCUCCGGGACCUGACGGCAUAUUCCCAGCUCAAUUGCAGAAAUCGUUAAGUUACGUAACGGGCUGGUUAGUAACCAUUCUCGAAGGGACCCUUCGGUUAAACUACAUUCCUUCAUUAUGGAGAAAAGUGAAGGUAAUAUACAUACCAAAAGCAGGCAAAAGCUCUCACACCAGUCCAAAGGAUUUUGGACCAAUCAGUCUUUCCUCAUUUCUACUAAAAACACUGGAAAGAUUAAUAGAAAUUAAUAUAAGAAGCAAGCUAGCUCCGGAAAAGUGAGCAGUUUCACAUCAUGCGUACUCCAAAGGAAAGUAAAAGGAAACAGCCUUAAACUCGGUGGUCACAGAGAUUGAAAGGUCUCGGGUAGUAAAGGAAUACGCUCUCAUAGCCUUCUUAAACAUAGGCCAUUUUAACAUCCAGUCUAAGGCCAUUAUCAACGCCCUUAAAGAUCUGAAUGUCUCCGAAUUACUCAUGAAACUUAUAUAACAGAUGCUUCUAGGCAGGUUCAUAACUUCAACGCUGGGGGUUUCAAUGAUGUGCAGAUCUGUCCAUAGGGAUACACCUCAAAGAGGCGUCCUAUCCCCACUUCUAUGAAUCCUAACAAUGAACAGUAUAUUGUUAGAUCUAAAGAAAGGGGGAGUACAUGUUGUGGCCUACGCUGAUGAUGUGGCGGUAUCAAUUAGGGGAAAAUUCCCACAUAUACUCUCGGACCUCAUGCAAACAAGGCUAAAUGAGAUAAAUCGUUGGGCAAAAUCAUGUGGAAGCUGUUAUGUAAACCAAACUUGGAUGCCAGGGUAAAGAAGGCAGCUUUAGCACUAUAAAAAUGGGGACUAACUCCCCGCGUAUCACAUUGGCUCUACACAGCUGUGGUAAGACCGAUUAUGACAUAUGGGAUAUUGGUCUGGUGGCCAAUAAUUGAGAAGAAGUACGCAGUAAAGCGUAUGGUAAGUAUGGUAAGAACAACGCCUAGCCAGGCAUUAGAUGCGAUUCUGUAUUUACUGCCUAUAGAUCUAUUCUACAAACAACAGGCGGCGAAAUCGGCACUGAGGCUGAGAGAAUCAAAACUGCAAUAGGGGACAUUCCAGUAUACUCUGCAAGUUCCCAUUUCUACCAAAUAUUACGGAAAUUCGCAAUCCUAUAGAAAUGAAUCUAUACUCGGAUCUACACAUAUCCUUCCCUUCUAGAGAGGAGUGGGAAAUGUGAAAAAUGGACACAGAUUCAGAGAUAAGUAUCUAUACAGACGGUUCAAAACUGGACAAACGAGUAGGAGGCGGUAUUUUCAGAGAAACUGGAUACCAGAAUCGCUUUCCGGUUACCGGAUCACUGCAGUGUUUUCGAAGCAGAGAUCACUGCAAUUAAAGAAAGCCUUCUCGUUUUGUCAAAAAAAGUGCUAACGACUAAACACAUAUUCAUAUUCUCGGAUAGUCAAGCGGCUUUAAAAUCACAAAAGUCGCAAAGAAUAUCAUCGAAGAUAGUGAAAGAAUGCUUGGACGACAUCAUAUUUCACGAUACACCUGCAAUGGGUCCCGGGACAUAGUGACAUUCCUGGAAACUGUGUAGCAGAUGAACUAGCCAGAUUGGGCACAACAUUGCAGUUGGAUGCUAAUAAUACCUUAUAUACCUCUGGCAACGUGCAGAUAUCUAAUAAAUAAACAUGCUGUUGAUACGGCUGAAUCACAAUGGAAACAAUCAACUACUUGUUCCGUAAGUAGACAAACGUGUCCUGAGUGGAGGAAGAGCCGCACUUGUCGUUUAUUGAAAUUUAAGAGGAAUGACACAAGAACCCUUGUAGGGGUGUUAACGGGACACUGUCUGAUUGGUAGACACGCCAGCAGGCUGGGGUUACCUUGUAACGAUUACUGCAGAAGUUGCCAGGAAGAAGAAGAGGAAGAAACGAUUACACACCUUAUAUGGGGAUGUAAGGCUCUGUAUUAUUGGACGCGGUUUUCUCGAGAAUGUGGGUGAAGUUGCUCAUAUUAAAUUAUGUGAUCUUUUUCACUUUAUUAAGACCACAGGGUGGUUCAAAGAUGACUCUAUAGUGUGAGAGAUCAAAGUCCCAGUGGUGUCACAAUGGGCCUCCAAAAGGCCUAGGUGCGUCGUUUUGACAACCACAUAACCUAACCUAACCCGCUACAAUAUCCAGAACGAAGUUGCGCAAGGGUCACUCUGGUUUCACGUGGCAACUCGAGCUCUUCGUCUGCUAAAGGUGGUGGUUUGGUUCCAAGGACGCCAUUCACUGGAAGGGAGUCAAAGAAGGUGUUAAUAGCUCCACUGUGAAUGGCGUUUAUAGCGUGUCUGAAACUGUCUGCUCCCGUGAUCUGGUCAGUGUAUUGUUCUAGAUCGUCAACUUAUUGUAGGAGUGACCUCUUGAUGCAUCCGGGGGCGGAUGGCUGAUUUCUACGAAAGCACCCUAGUAGAAACUGCUUGGCAAGCAGUUCAUUAUGUUCCUUAAUAGGCAGCCGGUGCUGUGUAAUUUACGACCGGCUGGCCGAUAGCCUUGUAAGUAGCCAGCAACGUUUCUUUGUCCUCUCCCCAAGUGAUACCGGCUAGCGACUUGAGGAUUUUGUUCCGGCU